AGCUCAAGGUGAUGGCUAGCGUUAGCUUACACUCGGUACCAAGGAGACUAACGUACACAAAUACCUCCACAACCACGAAAACACACAUGCAACAACUUCAUCCAGACGACCAACACGUUAUAUAACGUAGUAAACAAGAUUUGCGGCUAUUAAAAAAACAUGCCUGGCGUAAAGUCUGACAUGGAGCGAGUUGGGCUCUUCAAGGAAAUGGGUUACAUCUCUAUAGGAGAUAAAUACAGACCUUUACUUUAUCGUCCAAUUAAUGAAGCUGCAUAUAAAAAUAAACAGAUGUUGAUCAGUGGCUCAAAGAAGAAAUCAGCACUCCAGGCUGGUUACUUUGACACUCGGUUCAAGCGGAUCUUUGAGAAUGAGGCAUUGACGGACCAUCUCAAAAUCCAAAGGCAGUACCAGAUUCAGCAGGCAAAGAAGAACUUAACAAAUGCGUUUUUACCUAGCAGUGGGGAAAAGAAAUCCUCAGGUAUUGGCAGCUACUAUGGAACAAUCGGGGGUCCUGUAAAGGCUAUGAGUCCCCUGGAGAUUCCCAAGAAGGCAUACAAAUCUCCAGGCAAGAACAUAUACACCAGUCCAGCUAAGAAAGGAAGUGGAUAUGGCUUUCCAGAUGUUACACUGUCUAAAUUGGAAUUGUAUUCUUCUGACCCUUAUGACCAAGUGAAAGCGCUACUAAAGCGUGAAAUGGCAGAUCACAGGUCUAAGAUGAAAGGGGGGCCAUUUCGUUUGAACCAUCAUACACAGGAAUGUUUUGAUAGCAAUCCUUACAAGCUUAAGAAACCUCAGCCACUUUCAAACAUGCCAGAGGAAAAAAAAACGCACUUUGCUGUGCCUUUCAAACCAUCAUCUCCCAGCAAAAGGACUGGAGGAAUGAAAGCAGGAACAUUCGAUCCUUACCCGUCCCAUUCCACAGACCCCUACAUCAUUAAGAAGUCCAAGUCAGAUUCUGUAAGUGCAAAUAAGGGUUUGAAAAUCUUCUACCCAUCACCUGGCCCAAAAAGCACUCCAGUGAAGAGCAUUAUCUCUCUCAAUGUGAACAGGUUUGUGAACUCCACCAACUACAAUCAAGUCCCGUCUGUAAUGGCUCAUUAAGUGGCAAUGACAGACAUAAGCCAUUUAAUGACAUUAUUGGUAUCUGAAUAUAAUUUCUGUUUCUGGAAAAAUACUAAUGCACAUAUAAUUUCAUUAAUGCCAGACUAGAAUGCUUUUGUAGCUGCGGAUGCAAAAAAAUCUGUCAACUUGUCUUCAGUACCUGUCAUCUUGUCUUCUCAUCAUGAUUAUAUUCUGAAGUAUGUUGUCAGUUUAAAAGAGGGUGCAACAAAGCAGGGCAAGGCAACCGAUCUCACUGCGGUCCGAUUGCA